AUGGCGUUGUCGUGGGUCAGUGAAAUUGCUAGCUGGAUAAGGAACGGUAAUUAUUGGUCAUCUAUGGAUUCAAUAGCAUGGAAAAAUUUGCCUGAUAUAGCUUUAAUAGAGGUCUAUGGUUAUCUGGGCGAUGGCGAUCGUGCCAAUAUGGCACUGACUUGCAAAAACUGGUGUCGUAUUUUCGAAACCCCGCGAUUAUGGCGAUCAAGAUCUUUUGAGAUAGGCGGAUACAAGGCGUCACAAAUUGGACAGAUUGCCGUUAAAUUUUCAGAAAAAUACGGAUCAUUUAUUAGAUAUCUAACAUUAUCAUGCAGUCAUCCAUCUUCGCAUACCUGUAAAAUUAUUCAAAAAACUAUGGAGGAUUUUUUUCAGAACAUAGAAUCGGCUCGAAUAUAUGAUUUUGAGCUGGAACGCUUGGAGCUAGAAAGAUUUUGGAAGUAUGACAAUGUCCGAGAGAAAUUAGUUGACAGUUUUGUAAAGUUUUUUAGAAAUCAAAGUCAUCUUCGGACCUUUGAUAUGAGUUCAGCUCAAUGCCCUCUAACCAUGGGUUGUAAGAUUCUUGAAGCUGUUCGUGAAGCAUCUGGUGAAAGCGUUGAUGACCUAUGCCUUGAAGAUUUUUUCCACUCAAGACUUGCUGUUUUUCAAGUGAAGCGAUUUCGAGGUAUCAUUGCGGGGUUCACUAAUUUGAGAUUUUUGUCUAUAAAUUACAAUUGUAUCUCAGAAGCCAUCAUUGAAAUCCUUACGACCAGUGCCAGUGGUAAACUAAGAAAUUUCAGUAUCAAGGUUUACAGAAGUGAUCCACAUUUCCAUCGUAUACCAACAUCUGUUUGGAGAAGAUUGAAACAAAGUUGUCCUUGUUUAGAAGUUGAUAUUUGGUUCGAAAGUAUUGGUAACUCCACGGAAAUAUUACCUAUACUCGUGCCAGAUAUACCUUUAAGAGAUAUUCACCUGUGGACCGGAUAUGACGAUGAUGCCGAGUGGAAUCUGCAUGCUACUUUAAUGCACAUAGGAAAUAAUUUUAAGCACUGCCUUGCCAAUGUUUCGAUGGAGCUAGAUAAUAAUCAUGAGAUUAUUGAUGAGGCCAUCUUGAAUUUGAUAAAUAAAUGCAAGAAACUAAAAGAUCUAACAAUCAAUGCUUUUGUGUCUGUUGAUGCUAUAAAACAAAUCUGUGAAUUACAAGAAGAAAACAAAAUCAAGCUGCGUCACUUUAAUAUGACUGCAUGCGGUCUAUCUGAAGUGGAAUGGACAGAUUUGUGUGAGAUUAGAGACAGAUAUGAACCAAUGUUUAAAGCGAGGGAUCUGAAAUUUUUUAUUAAAAGUGAUCUUCUAAUAGAUGCACAAUGACUAGAAAAUAUGAAUAUCCCACUAAUCUGAAUCCUUUGUUAGAUUGUUUUAAUAAUUUAUUUAACAGCCCACAAUAUUCUCUGAAUUAUUGUCCAUUUAAACAAUCUGGCAAAUUAUUGCACCAUUAUGAAAUAACAAUUCUGAAACUCAAUGUAUAACCCUCCUUUGGACUCUCUUGUGAAAAAUGGCCAUUGGAAAUAAAUUAGAUCAAAUUUUAAAAAGAUGGUGUAGUAAAGCAUGCAGUUUUGUAGU